GCUCACGAACAUUUCCUGCCGCAUCUCAUCAACCAGACCAAACGCACUCCGGAAGUGUAUGAAUGUUUCCGUUUGCUCUACGAGACCGUCGCCAUUUCAUCAAGUUCUUCUCGGCUAAAUAAUUAGCUACAGGAAAUCAGUUCAAGAUCUACCCAACUUACCAUGUCUGGCCCGGGUUCUGGAUGGGGUGUUCCAGCCCAAAGAAGCUCACAGCGGGAUCCAGAGAUGCUAUUAGUGAAGCUGGGGGACUGUAAUCAAACAGUGGAAUUCAAUGUGAUUGUCAAAGAGGAGGAGGAGGAGAGAGAAAUCAAUGAGGGUGAGGAGGAAGGGCGAGAGGAUGACAGGGACUCAGUUGACCCAGGAGAGAUCCCCAACCCAGACUCAGUCAACAAGCCCAGUUCCACAGCAUCAAGACUGCCUGGUUGUGGGAGUUACCCCUGUCCUCAAUGUGGAAAGUGUUUCAGUUCCUCAACUCAUCUAAAGAAUCAUCAAAGAGUACACACUGGAGAGAAACCUUUUGACUGCUCGGCAUGUGGGAAGAGUUUCAGUGAGAAAGUAAACCUUAAGAGACAUGAGAGAGUACAUAGUGGAGAGAAGCCUUACCAUGGCACCACGUGUCGGAAGAGCUUCAAUCACUCAGGGAGCCUUAAGGACCACCAGCGACUACAUACAUGGGAGAAACCUUACCACUGCUCUCUUUGUGGGAAGUGUUUCAAUCGAGCAGGAGACCUGAAAACUCAUAAGAAAUCACACAGUGGAAAGAAGCCUACCUGUACUUUCAAUGUGAUUGUCAAAGAGGAGGAGGAGGAGGAGGAGGAUGAGGAGAAGGAAAUCGAUAAGGAAAAGAGUGAACAGCAGGAACCUAGUGGUGUAGUUGUCCCAGAUACAUCAAGACUAUCUGGUUGUGGUCGUUACCCCUGUCCUCAAUGUGGGAAGAGUUUCAGUUCCUCAGGUAAUCUAAAGAAUCAUCAGAGUGUACACACUCGAGAGAAACCAUUCCACAGUGCCACAUGUGGGAAGAGUUUCAGUGUAAAAGUCAACCUCACGAGACACGAGAUGGUACAUAGUGGAGAGAAGCCGUACCACUGCACCAAAUGUGGGAAGAGCUUCAUCAAUCAUUCUGGAAGCCGUACACAUAAAAGAGUACAUACAGGGGAGAAGCCUUACCACUGCUCUCUGUGUGGGGAGGGAUUCACUCAGCUAAGAAGUCUUAAAAGUCAUGAGAGAACAUCCAUUGGAGGGAAGCCUGCCUGUGCUUUUAAUGUAAUUGUCCAAGAGGAGGAGGGAGAAAAGAAAGAAGGUGAGGAUAAGGAGGACAAUAGCGGUGUAGUAGACAGUGCAUGUCGGAGCAAAAAACAAGGCACGAGGUCGAAGGAAUUGUCCGUAGAGCUCCGAGACAGGAUUGUGUCGAGGCACAGAUCUGGGGAGGGGUACCAAAAGAUUUCUGCAGCAUUGAAGGUCCCCAAGAACACAGUGGGAGAUCUGCUGCACAGCCCUGAUCCUUGA